ACACUUGAAGCGACGAAUGAACGCUUCUGAACUGGGCUACCCCGACCCACAUUGAAAAUCAUAUAGUCAGUAUAGUUACAUUGAGGCAACACAGAGUGUCAAUCACUACAGCUUGACGGACACUGAUACACGGACACAUAUCGUUAUUCAACGGUACGAAACCGAUGCGAGUUACGAUGAAAGAUUUUCGAUAAAAGAAUAGAGACAUGUUGAUGAAAGUGCUGGGGCUCUUACCACUCGCUAUCAUCACAAGAGCAGAAGGGAAUGAAAAGAUUUGGGAUGCUCCUCUGACAAAUGUCAAAACAACUACAGGUGACGGGCUUUCGCUUCCUUGUCGGAACCCUCCCUACUCAAAGGCGUUGCUAAGGUGGUUCAAGACUGGCACAAAGGCUGAAGUGAUAGACUUGACUAGAAGAGUUCUGAUAGACAGGGAAAGAACGCUUCACUUUGCCUACGUUGACGUAAGUGAUGCCGGUCUGUACAAAUGCGGCGCUCAUUACAAGGAUGUAAUAUACCUGGGAAGUCCUGUGAACGUUACAGUUGCAGGAAUACGUGGCGAUGUUCAUCCUUCAGCACCACCUACACUGGCGUCAUACAGUGGGACAACCACAGCUCGACUGGGAGAAGACGUCACGCUGGAAUGUAUAUUCACCGGCAGCCCCAUACCAGGUGUCACUUGGUGGCAUCGCGGUAGGAUACUUACUCAGCAUACAAACACAGAGAACAUAACUGCAUAUCUGACUAUCCUGAACGUCACUACUGAAGAUCUCGGGGAAUACAACUGUACGGGAGAGAACGAGGUCGGAUCAAGCUCCGCUAUCCUUCACAUAUCCAUCAAAUCAUCCUCGGCAGCAUUACUUGUGUCUUCCCCAAUUGUUGGGGUCAUCGUUAUUGGUGGGCUGUUGUUCUGGUUACUAGUGAGAACAAGGCGCAGAAAGGUUCGAAAACAGGACGUUCAUCAGUAUGAUGAAAUUGACGUAAUGGAAAUUAGAGCCCCAGAGCCUGAAAUAUACAAAGUAUAUGAAUAGAUUAACAAUGUGAUCUCUUGAAAAAUGUGAAAUGUGAAGCAUUCCUCGAAGUUGUAGUAGUAGUUGUCGUAGUAGAUGUAGAAGUACAAAUGUAGAUGUAGAAGUGGUAACAGUGUUCGUAAAGGUAGUAGAAGUAGUUGUAAGAAUUGUAGCAUUAGGCGUAGCUGAUGUGGUACUUGUAAUAGUACUAAAAAUAGUGGUAGUGGUAGUAGUAAUAGUAGUAGUAAUAGUAGUAGUGGUAGUAGUAAUAGUAGUA